CCCUCCUCUCUUUCUCUGUCUCUCAUGAGAGUGUUGUGAAUAGCUCCUGAAAUAGAGCCCGCUGGAGCGUAAAGGGAAAUGUGAAAGACGGCGUGGACAGAGGGGGUGUUUGUGUGAGCAAUGUGAUAUGGUGCCAGUGUGAGGAAUGUGCUCAAAUGGCGAGAUACGGAGUGAAAAGACCAAGAAAGAGUGACGUGACAGAGACAAGGCCACUGAGAUAAGUGAAAGGGAGGAAAAGAGAGACAGAGAGAGAAACAGAGAGACAGAGAGACAGAGAGAGAGGGAGACAGAGAAAGGGGUGGGGAGCCGGGGACAGCGAGGCGUGCUCAGACUGAGAGUCUGAAUCUGAGAGAGGAAGAAAGCUGGUGAAGGUUCACCGUUAUUUUUCCUGCCACACACACAUACAAUUAUCCCGUACAGAAAGGAUUUAUCUUUGUGUUUUUUCACUCUCAUACUUUUAUGGACCUCGGACUACAGAGAAGUCUGAAAAAUCUUUCUUAAACUUUGUGAAAGGAUCUAAACUUUUAUCACAGGACAUCAACCAGAUUAAGAAGAUUAACAACUAUCUCAUAGUUCUGUUAAAGUCAUCAGCAGUGUGGGAAUAUUACCUUUGACAUGGGGUCUGGGAAGGAGCUAUUUCUUCUUGGAUUAUUGUGUAUGCUGGCUAAAUGCUCCUCUGAGUGUCCAGAGGGCUUCACAUCAGAAUUCGGUCCAUGCACUGACGUGGAUGAGUGCGAAGAACAAAAACCAUGUGGGAAAUACUCACACUGCUUCAACACGAAUGGCAGCUAUUACUGUCAGUGCAAGUCGGGAUUCAGAAACCUCGGGACAGGGGGUGUUAACUUCACGCUAGGGGGACAUUGCCAUGAUAUAAAUGAGUGCACUGAUCAGGACAAUGUCUGUGGCCCCGCUGCAAAUUGUUCAAACCUGAUUGGAAGGUACGAGUGCACCUGCCACUCUGGGUACGUCAACACCACCAGUAGCUCUGGAAGCUGCACAGACAUAGAUGAAUGCAAGGAGGCUGAAAUGCAAAAAGAAGACCUCUGUGGACCAAAAGGGACUUGUGUAAACACCAAUGGGAGUUACUGGUGCAGCUGUUCAAAGGGAUACACCAGUUACGGCAACAAAAGGACCCCAUGUUCAGAGCUAAAGUGUGACAACUUCAAUGGAAACAGCGGGCCUGCACCGUCACUUGAAGGCCUGGCAGACAUUUUGUUCAUGAUGAAAAACAGCUGUUUGGCUCUUUCUAACCCGAGCACCGCUGGUGAAGGGAAGACUGAUGGAGAGGCUCUACUGGAGAAACUUUUCACAGCGACUGAGACCAUCCUGUCGCCCCGUCACCUGGACAGCGUUGAAGAUGUGAGCAGAUUGCUUGAAACUGUGGAGAAUGCUAUUAUGCUGAUUGGCCCACAGCUCAAAGACAACCAUACUAAGCUAGAGACCACUGAGACAGACGCACAGAUUGCAGUGCAGAGGGGGAGGACUCGACCAACUGGCCCUAUCCAUCUGACCAAUGAGAACGCUACACUCGACACUGACUGGACAAUAGCAGCUGGGGAAGGACCAUACCCUGGUUUUGCUCUGGCUGCAUUGUUGAGCUACAGGAACCUUGAGAUAUCUGUUAACCAGUCCUUUGAUGAGAUCACGGGACAUGAACGAAAUGGAGUGGAUCCCUCCCUUCAGAUCUCCUCUCGAGUUGUGUCUGUUGUGGUCUCCAACCCAUCCACUCAGAACCUGAGCCGCAAUGUCAGCAUCACCCUCAGACAUCUCAAGGCCCGAGACGAGUCUCCUCAGGUGAGCUACAUCUGUGCGUACUGGACUGAGAGCGGGGCCUGGUCCACAGAUGGUUGUCAUAAACAACAGUCCACCGCCACACACACAGUGUGUAUGUGUGAACACCUGAGCAGCUUUGCUGUUCUCAUGGCACUCUACCCGAUAAAGCACACCUUUGGGCUCCAGUUGGUGACCAAGAUCGGGCUGACCAUCUCCCUGCUGUGUCUCAUACUGUGCAUCAUGACGUUCAAGUUCUGCCGCUCCAUACAAGGGACCCGCACCACCAUCCACCUGCACCUCUGUAUCUGCCUCUUCAUGGCUGACCUCAUCUUUCUGGCUGGCAUUUCACGUACUGAACCUGUGGGCGGCUGCAGGUUUGUUGCAGGGCUGCUACACUUCUUCUUCUUGGGGGUGUUUGCCUGGAUGUUGUUAGAAGGGGUUCAGCUGUACCGCAUGGUGGUCCUGGUGUUCAACGCCACCAUUCGACCCCUCUACUUAUACAUCGCUGGUUAUGGGACACCACUUGUUAUCGUCAUUAUAUCUGCCAUCUCUAGACCAGAUGGAUACGGCACUGACCAGUACUGCUGGCUGUCCCUGGAAGACGGCCUCAUCUGGAGUUUCUUCGGCCCUGUGUGCUUCAUCAUCAUCAUCAACGUCUUCUUCUUCAUCGUCACCGUCUGGAGGCUUGCCCAGAAGUUCACCAGCCUCAACCCAGACCUCUCCAAACUGCACAAAAUUAAAGCUUUCACAGUGACAGCUAUCGCCCAGAUUUGCAUACUGGGUCUGAUGUGGAUGUUCGGAGCCUUCAUGUUUGAAGAUGACAGCAUAGUAGUGGCAUAUAUCUUCACUAUCCUCAACAGCCUGCAGGGAGCACUGGUCUUCAUCAUGCACUGCCUACUGUCCAAACAGGUCAGAGAGGAGUACGCCCAUUUCCUCUCCUGUAUCUGCACACCACAGAAGAAGAGAUACUCGGACUUCAGCAGCACAAAUCCCUCCAGCAGUCAGUCACAAGGUUCUCGGAGUGGACACCACACCGGAGAAUCCCAAAUAUAAAGUAAUAUCUUUUAUCCUCCCCCAAAGACAAACUAUCCCACCUUUAAGCUUUCUGGGCUGAGUAAGGUCUGAUUUUAAAGGUUUGGAUGACUUCAAAUAAAAAUUCAGUCAUUAUUAACUCACCUCGAUGUCAGUUGAAAAAAGUAAUCAGGGGCCCUCCAAAAGGUCACACGAUAAAUCCGAGAUGUCUCAUGUGACAUUUAACAAGAGAGAGAGAAGUUAAUGGGACCAAACUAAAAAACUCCACUAAUCUGAGUAGCAUCAUCUGCCAGUGAAUUGCAUUAUGGGUCAGAGAGUCUACCAUUUACCACUGUUUGCUUAUUCCCCUCACUGUUGUUGCUCAACAGUGAUCUAAUGAUUGAUCAAGUUGUGUUGAUGAUGACUGAAUUUUUGUUUUAGUGUGUAAUUAUUGUCACAGCAGGCAAGAAGUAGCCAACUUCUAAAGUGUUUAUUCAGGAACUCUUUAAGUGAAAGUUAAGGUGUUUCUUAUUGGUUCUUCCAAAACAUAUCACAAUAUAAGCUGUAUUGCCUUCAGAGGGAUUUAAAGUAAAAUACUGACAUAGACUAUUUAUUUUCAAGUGCAGACUAUAAAGUCUAUUUUAUGUAGGCUACAAGAAAAUAUGAGUGAUGCUCUUUAUGUUUAAAGCAUGAGCAGACAGUUUGCGCUGUAUUUUAUAUAAAUGUUUUAUGUAAAAAUAAGGGUGAGGGUGCUUUUUGUUACAGGGCUCCUCACAGAAAAUAUUUGUGUCCAUGUACUGUGUUUAACAGUAUGAUAAAGAAACAGCUUGCUGAGCAUGCAAAUGACUGACGGAGUGCCUCUGACGUUCCCUUUAUGUCCAGGCAAAUCCCAUGUGGGCUCUUGGAAGGAUUUUGCAUCUGUUGUUUCUCAAGUUUAAACAAAAUAAGUGUUUUUUUAAUCACUUGUGGCUAAUCUUAAAGAAUCUUUCUCGAUUUACAGCUGAGCUGUGCUUUCUGUCACCGAUGUAUGAGAAGAUAUAUUACUUCUUUUGAAUUAGCAAACAGGAAAACAAAUCAAGCCCAAAAUAGUUUCUUGGGAAAUUCACAGAAAGAGGCCCACCCUUCUGAUAAGCCCUCAGUUUCCUGUAAUCAAAUUGUGUUUAUGGAAUAAAAUUCCAUUUCGGUGUCAUGUGUUUUUUUUAUUACAGUAGUUAUUCCUCCAAACAUUGUCAGUGACUGUAAGGUAUCAAAUCCCUGAAAUGAGAACUAUUCAGUCAUUUUGAUGAGGUCUGAUGGGAGCUGUACAGACAUGAGUUUAUGUUAUUGCACUUUUCUGUUGUAAAAAUGAUAAUCCAGCACAUCGUAGUUCACAUGGUGCAUGUGAUAAUCAAGAAAACUUGAGAACCAGCCUCGCUUAAAGGACCUGAACAGUUUACUUGUUGUAAUAAAGCUAUCAAUUAUACAUUUUUAAUUGUUAUAAAAAAUGAUCAGAGACUUUGAUCUGCAGAGAAAAAAGAAGCUGUGCUAGAAUCCAAGUCAGUCUUUUAAUGUGAUGAAGACCUCAUGUGUGUGGGUUUCAAUAGCUAAACUGUUUGUAGGUUCUUACGUGUGGCUGCACUGUUUUGUGACCAUCGAUACCUUUAAUUCAUGCAUUGCAAAAUGUAUUUUUAUGUGAAAAAGCUAUGCACAUUUUGCAGCAUCUGUGAAUGUGAGGUUCUUGUUAGAAUAUACUAUAGGCGUUACAGUUUGAAGGUAUAUGAACUUAUUUUUCUACUUUGUUUUGUUGUAUGUUGUUUGGUACUGUUUUCUUUGAAGACUAUGCACCGCGAGAUUUAUUAAAGCUUCUACUUCAUCUGAA